AUGGACCCUCCAACACAACCACCCACCCACGCCAUCUCCAUCAACAUCUACGGGCGCGGGGAUGCCACCCUCGGCGACGGCCCUUCGCACAUGGGCAUAGCCGUAUACGAGAUCGGCGCGUCAACCUGCCAAAUGCACCAUAUCCGCAACCCCACCGACGAGUACUUCAUCUACGAUCCACGUGUCCAGCCUUUGCAAGAUGAUCCUGUCCUGAGAGGACGUUGUGAGCUGAUCACCUUCCGACAGGAAGAAUGUCAACAUGUGAACAGCUUACUUUCGGCGUUUGGAAACGACGCAUCGAAUAUCCCAGAAUUCGGUGUGGGUAAUUGUCAGGAUUGGGUGGCUGGUGCGGUGGCGAUGCUUGAGGAUGCUGGUGUGUUAGCAAGUGGAGAGGGAGCGUUCUGGAAGAGUAUGAUCAAUGAGGGGGCAGAGAGUAUGAAGCGUGCGUGUGGGGAUUCGGGGAGGAAGUGGAUUGAUGGGCCGGAGGUGGUGUUUGAGGGGGAGCCGGAUGCGAGGUUUAAGGAUGAGGGGGCUAAGAAGAAGAUAGGGAAGUUGAAGGAUAAUGAAGCUUUUCGGGAGAGAAUGCAGACGUUGAUGGGGAAGAAGAGUAGUGGUGGUGUUGGUGGUGGUGAAGCAGGGGAGAGAAAUGUGCCUGAGAGACCAUUUUAUGUGUCGAGCCCGUUUUUCAGUCAGACAAAUAGACGUGGAUAG